UUUGCUACCGGAGAAACGGGAACAGUUCGCUGCUUCUCGCUCCUGACGAAUUCUUGACGUUUCUUUCGGAGGGACGAGCGCUUCGGGAAGUGCGAGUGUUCCGUUUUCAGUUUUACGGCCGAAACAUAGCAAGAGACAUGGCAUUCAGUCCAACGAAGGCGCAAAAAUUCAAGAACAGGGAAAGCGCGUACAGGAUCAAGUACGGCUCGCCGAAAAUGCAGGAGAUACUGCGAGAGAACUGCCGUCAAAGAAUGCGAGAGAAUCGGAUGGAAUUGUUCAACAAACGUAGACUUGGCUUGGAAAACAAUUCAUGCAGCGUGCAAGAGAGGCUGAUGAAUAUAGUACGCAUGGAAUUCAAGAGACUGGCAACGAAAGAGGAGACCAUGGACACCGACGAGCCACUUAGCAUAGAAGAGGCGAUUGAGUUAGAAAAUCAAAUAAUUUACGAGCAAGAGCAAUGGAUACUGCAAGAAUACGAGAAGAUUUCGCAGGACGAGUUGGAAUAUCUGAUAAUGUUUGCGGACAGUGACAACAGUAGAGACGUGUUCUGCCCCGUGUGCCUGAAAGCCUUAUUGAUCGAGGAAUUGAUCGAGGAAAAAACUGUGUGUGUAUCCUGCAAAAAUUGCAAGUACCGAUUGAACAAUCGCAAGCUGAAGGACGUGAAGCUUUCGAUUACCAGGAGCUUCAACGCUCACGCGUUUAAUUGCGCCACUUCACCAGUAUUCAUGGUAGCAUCUGGUUACAAUAGAACACACAGAAUACACAUGGUGUGCAACGUGUGCUCGACCUCAGCGUUGAUCUGUUGAUCGCUUGAGCCUCAUCAUUUGAUUUAGCAUUUUAAGUACGAGUGCGUGAUUGUUGAUCGAUCGGUGACUAAAAUGAUUUUACGUAUAGGAGUAUUUGAUACAUUAUUAGUGUGUCCAAAGAAUAAAUUGUAAAUAAGUGCCAUAAAUAAUAAUUCGUGUUAAAACGGACAAUUACAAUUAUGUAACGUCAAUUGUUUAAUAUUUUUGAUAUUGUUUCUUUCGUAAGAAACUCCCGUAAGGGCGAAUUAGAUUUAGGUUCAUCGCAAGUAAAUUCUUCGUUUUCUUCAUCUCAUCGAGUCCAUCACGUCAAGUGAUGCAAUGAUCACACAUGAAAAUUGUACCGUAAUUUUGUUAAAAAAAAGUAAUUCUGACUAAUUUUAAAAUAAUCGUCUAGAGAGAAUGUAAUCAAUUAAUUAGGUUCUUUGUAUGAAGUAAUUAAUUAAUUGUCGAUAGAGCCGCGAAUGUGAUAUAGGUAUAGACAAAAGGAAAACGCAAUGAACUUUCAGGAUCCUUCUUCAUGUUAUAUAACAUUUUGGAAAUAAUAACAUGCGAACGUUUCCGAUUAUAUGAUACAUAUUGUACAAAAGAACAUCCCUUCAACGAGUUAACUUAUAUCAUUUUCUUUCGCUUACACAUAGUACGUACGUAAGUCGAGUGAGGGCUAUCUAUACACUGUAUAUCGUGCAUAUCAGAAAUUAAACAUCCUUCCUAAACGAUCCUAAAACGAGAAAUCAAUCGAAUCAAAACGUAAACGUAAUUAAUUUCAGAUUUAAAAGUAAGAACUUUUGCUCCUGGAGUAUCAAUCGUUCCCCUUAACGUCGGACUAUAUACAACAUUUUACAUCGACGGAAAUGCUACAAUGUGCAGAAGCCCUGUCUUGUAGCUUUGAACUAUCCCCGAUAGUCAAACCCCUUGCGAAUGAUUUGUACAUUAUCACAUGAAUCUUCACAUUAAAGAUCUCAUAUUGC